UGGGCUAUGGCAGAUCCCUCCACCCUCCCCCAAACGAGAUAUGAUCGGAGAUUUGGAGGCAAUGCCAUGAUGCGUCUGUUUGGGAACAACAACGAGCAGUUACCAGAAAGAAGAGACACUGUUUCUGGAUUUUUUAAAUCCUUUCGCAAGACGGUGCAUGGAAGUAGGGUUGUUCGUCGAGGAAGGAGGCUUGGUCGAACUACCAGAAUAAAAUUCUCAUGUUUGUUUUUGACGCUCACAACUUCCUUCUUGCUAUAUUUGGCGGUCUUUGGCUUAAAAGUGAACUUUCAUGGUAAAAUUGGAAAUAGCAUAUCAGUGACAGAAGUACAAGGAGAACAUUUGACAUCCAGAGACCAGAAACCGCCAACUAACAAGCAUCACCGUAAGCAACAUUUACCUUGUGAUGUCGAAUUUGCGGAGUCAGUUACUUAUCUUGUGGAACCUGAGGGCUUCAUGAAUGUUGCUCAGUUCUCUCUAGAGUUCGUGGAAAUUGAGGAAAGACAAUUUGAAACUGAUUUAUAUAAGCCUAGAUUUGGAGGACAUCAAACCCUCGAGGAAAGGGAGAAGUCCUUCUAUGCAACAAAUCAAAAACUUCAUUGUGGUUUUGUUAAGGGACCACCAGGAUACCCAAGUACUGGAUUUGAUUUAGACGAAAAGGACAAUGCAUACAUGAAAAUAUGCAAAGUUGCAGUUUCCUCGUGCAUUUUUGGGAGCUCUGAUUUUCUGAGGAGGCCUACUAGCAAACAGAUCAGUGACUACUCGAAGAAGAAUGUUUGUUUUGUCAUGUUUGUGGAUGAGCAAACACUAUCAAAACUAUCAGCUGAGGGAAAUACUCGAGAUGAUAAGGGAUACAUUGGAAUGUGGAAGAUAGUUGUCGUCCGAAAUUUACCAUACAAAGAUAUGCGCCGAACUGGAAAGGUGCCGAAAUUUUUGUCUCAUCGGCUAUUUCCUUCAGCAAGGUAUUCAAUAUGGCUGGACAGCAAAAUGCGUCUUCAAAUAGAUCCAAUGCUAAUUAUUGAAUAUUUUCUAUGGCGAAAGAAGUCGGAGUAUGCCAUUUCAAACCACUAUGAUCGGCAUUGUGUUUGGGAGGAAGUUCAACAAAACAAGCGUCUGAACAAGUACAAUCACACUGCCAUUGAUGAACAGUUUGCCUUUUAUCAGUCGGAUGGGCUUGUUAAGUUUGACCCUCUUAAUCCCAACACCCCUCUUCCGAGUUAUGUUCCGGAAGGUUCCUUCAUCGUCCGAGCGCAUACACCAAUGUCGAAUUUAUUUUCGUGUCUUUGGUUCAAUGAAGUUGAUCGAUUUACGUCACGUGAUCAAUUGAGCUUUGCGUAUACUUAUUUGAAACUGUGGAGAACAAACCAAGACGUACCAUUCAACUUAAACAUGUUCAAGGACUGUCAACGGCGGUCACUAGCCAAACUGUUUCGUCAUAGACCAUUCCCACCUCCAAAUAUUGAUUGACGAAGUUGUUUAAGAUUGGUUGGAGGUUUGAGUAAUUUCAAUUUUU